AUGGCUGCACCACCUACACCACAGGAAGGAGCUUCACAAACUCGACCACCACUGUUUAAUGGAAAGUAUUAUGGAGGGUGGAAGAAUCGCAUGAUGGAUCAUUUACUAGGAGAAAAUCCAGACCUAUGGGGAGUCGUAAAUGACGGUCCAACCAUACCCAUGAAGAAUGAAAUUGAUGGAACCACUAAAGUACCAAAAGAUAGGAAAGAAUGGAAUGCUGCAGAUAAACUUGCAAUUCAGAACAAUGCUAAAGCAAAAAAGAUCUUGAUAUGCGGAAUAGGUCCAGAUGAAUACAAUCGAAUAUCAUCAUGUGAAGAUGCAAAAGCAAUAUGGGAAACUUUGCAUACUGCGCAUGAAGGAACAACUCAGGUAAAGAAGUCUAAAAUAGAUAACUUGAACAGACAAUACGAACUGUUUCGAAUGACAGAAGGUGAAACAAUCCAAGAGAUGCAUACCAGGUUCACUGCUAUCAUUAAUGAAAUCUACUCACUAGGUGAAAUAAUUUCCAAUGGGAAAGCAGUCAGAAAACUUUUGAGUGUUCUUCCAGAAUCUUGGGAAAGCAAAGUAGAAGCCAUUACUGAAGCCCAGAAAAAGAGGAAUAGUUCAGAAAAAGAAAAGGAAAUCAAGAAUGAUAAGUACAUUCCCACAAACAGAAGAAUGACCAAUCAAGAAGCGGAUCUUUCAACGAGAAGAUCCUUUACCGCUAUGGGGGACUUAUCUGAAGAAGAAUUUGAGGAUGGAGGGUUCGAAAAUCAGUCACUACUUGCAAUAGAACAAUCAAAUAAAUAUGAUUUUCUUGCACUCAUUGCUGAAACAGAUUCUGAAGAUGAUGAAGAAGAUGACAAACAAAGCAAGGUGAAGCUUGAGAUUCGUUUGAUCUUGGAGAAUAUGAUGAUGCGACAUUCUCAUGAAGGCCUUGAAUAUGAAGAACUUGAGAAAAAUCAGUCAAAGCAUGGUCUUAUCGAAACAAGUUGA